AUGCGGUGGUCAGUAUUGAGCACCUUCCUCUGGGUGCUGCUCUUCGGAGUUGCAUUAUCUGCCCCCGCGAGGGACGUUGCACAACGAAAUGUCGAUACUACGACGACUGUUGAAAAGAGGGCGGAACAGGAUGGGACAACAACGACUGCAGAUAAUGUGCCCAGUCAAACACCGACGGCUUCUACCAUAAGCACUCAUGAUGCUACGACGGGAGCCACCACCCUACCUACGACGACGACUACGAAAAACACGACUUCUUCAAACACCAGUCACUCCACCUACGUCGCGACGACGAUUCCCUCAUUAGAUGGCUCUACAGGGUCAACUAGUGAUAGUCAGGAUGGAACGAAACAACAAUACACAGGUGGUUUGCCACUCCAGCCGCAAAUCACCCCGGCUUGGGGUGUGGGUGGCAUCAUGCUGUUACUAUUGGGGGCGGCGCUGGCUUUUAUUGGCAUUCGCAAUCAAUGGGUGCAUAUCUUCUUGUCUACGGGCUUCCUUGCGGCAUUAGGUGUAACCGUACUGAUUGUAUACGUGAUGAGUCCAUCCGUAAGCAAUGCAGUACAAGGUGGCUAUCUGGUUGCGGCCUUCUUUACGGGCGCCGUCUUUGGAGGCCUAUCUCUCGUGUUCAGCGAAAUUACUGAAGGACUUGGAUGUCUACUUGGUGGCUUCUGUACUGGCAUGUGGCUCUUGACUGUCAAGUCAGGCGGGCUGGUGACUGAUAGUGGAGCGAAGACCGGAUUCAUCAUCGCAUUUACCGUGGGCUUCUGGUGUUUAUCAUUCAGUCAUUAUACUCGCUCCUAUGGAUUGAUCGUCUGCACUUCCAUCUCUGGUGCAACGGCCCUGGUCCUCGGCAUCGACUGCUAUAGCCGGGCAGGACUGAAGGAGUUUUGGCUUUACAUUUGGGGUUUGAACAACGGCAUGUUCCCCUUGAACACGAAUACAUACCCGGUCACUCGCAACAUCCGUGUUGAGCUUGCAAUCACGGUGAUUGUCACAGUGUUCGGCGUGAUCGCCCAAAUGAGGCUAUGGAAAGUGAUUAAAGAACGCCGAGUCAAAGAGGAGACAUCUCGCAAAGAAGCCGAGAAAAAGAAUGAGGAGGCAGAAGCAGAAGUCGGCCGACAAUUGGAAGAAAAGAAUCUCCGUGAACGCACCGAAUGGGAAAACAUGUACGGCCAUGGUGCCGCCGGCAAAGAACCUUCCAUGACAGAGACGGCUGUUGCAGCAGACUCCCGUCGGGGUUCGGAUGGGUUUGAGUCCACGACCAAUGAUAACGAAAAGGGUAAUUCGUUUGAGAUGAAGGACAUGUCGGCCACUGAGCAAUCGGCUGGUGCAUCUGACACCGGGAAAGACCUCGACGCCGUUGAGGAGGUCGAAACGGAGGCUCUUGAAGAACAGCAGGAAGGCCACACCAACCAGCCUGCGGACCAACAAGCUCAAAUUGAGGCCGAGCAUGACGGACCACCAUCAACGAGACCGGUGACCAUGUGGCCUGAGGCAAGGGUGUGUGAAGAUACUAGCUCGGAACAUGGCGCUGUAGUCGGUUCCGAACCAGGCACGCCUAAAUCCAAGCGCUUCUCGGGCAGGUCACUGAUGAAACGUCUUUCCUGGCGCAGUGCCAACGGUUCCAACGGUCCCUUAAGUCCCAAGCUCAAUGGGCAAUCGGAGUCUGAGGAGGCCUUGGUUGCGCAAGACGAUGCCAGCUCAUCUGUUCUCGGCAUCGUGGAUGAUCUCGCUUCGAUCUGCAACAGUGUAGUCUCCGAUUGUCACGUUGAGACUGAUGACAAGGCACACGAGGGAACGGGGGAAAACAACUUGCCAGUGAAGAAUGUGCUAGCUGAAGUAACCCAGGCCGAGCUCAACUCUCAAGCACCGCGUGGUAUUUCAACCGAGGGUGAAGGCCCCCUCGUUCCGUCUCUUCCCACAGCAAAUGAUCAGAAUGGCUACGAACCAACCCAACAUGGAAAUGAUUUCCAGAUACACCAGGAUGACGAAACCGAAGAGUACGAUACGACUGUGGCAAAUACCCAAGAGGAUAGCCAGGCACAAGACACCCAGUGUUUUACAUUGCACGUCCAGCCCAACUCACAAGAAACUCCGUCUAAUCACGAAACCGCGCCCGUGAAUCCUCCCGAGCAGGGGCAUGAGAAACAAAAUGACCAUGAAAACCAAGCACCGGAUGCUGAACAAGCCGAGACGGAGGCCGAUGAAGACCCUCGGCAGCCCGACGCGGAGCAUGCCGAGCGUGAGCUCGAUUCGGUGUUCCAGGCAAAGCCAUUGAGGAAGAGCAAGAGUGCUAGGCUAGAUGCCUCAGCUGUGAAGGAAGUUCCCGAACAAACAUCGAUGGUGGUCAAUUCGUUCCGUACCAACGAAUGGGCCAAACAUUUGGCCGAUGCUGAGCUUCCCGAGAUCGAACCCAUCCGGCUGGACUGUGAGAAUCCUGAAAGUUCAGCUGAAACUGAAGAAGUCGCAGCACCAGUCAAUGUGCAAGGCCUCCUUCAGACACCAUUGAAUGGCCUACCUCCUCCAGUGGUCAACAGCCCGGAGCAGACAAUUGCCAGCCCGAAAAAAACGCGUCGACGUUCUUAUGGCUCUACCGCGCCUUCUGCCGGACUCCCCAAGUCCAAGACGAAAAACAAUAUCUACAGCAUGUCCGGUGCCAGAUCACCGCCGCCUAUGUCUCGAAACAUCUCUUCUGCCUCAUUACUUCCACUACAGGAAAAGGAUCACCAGCCAGUGCCAAUUCGCAGCACUUCGACCCCAUUCCUGGCUAUUACAACUCCCACCCAACACCAAGAAAAAGACACACCCGACCUCCCCAGAUGGAGUGGGCAUCCGCCUCUUCUUGCUGUCCGUGAAGAUAUGGUGCGAAAUCGAAUGUCAUCAACUUCCCUUCGUUAUGACCCUUUUGCAUCCCGCAGUCAGUCCCACCUGUCUCUAGCUGACCCAGCACUCAUCGCAUCGCCACCUUUGUCUAUUCCAGAGGAAAGAGAUGAGAAUGUUGGGACGGAUAUUGCUGAAGAUGCAGACAACGUACCACUAUCGAAGCGCCGUGCUAUGUUACAGCGCCAAACCAUGCAAUCCCCUUCAUCAUCUAGCCUCCAGAGCAUCGACCCCGCGCGACCAGUACCCCAAGACUCGCCACGAUCAACAGCCGUCAUGGCUGCGUGGCGCCAAUCAGUUCGAGAGGAAAUUUCCCAAAGACGUGACCCAUUAUCCCAACCUUUCUCUCCUGGGACCCCUGCGAGCAGCGAAAGACCCCGCUGGGGAUCUGUGCAGCAGAUGCGUGAUGCAUCAGCGACCACAGUCGAAAAUACCAUUGCAGAUAGGAUGCAACGGGGAAGUAUGACAGACCUGCACCGUCAAGCGAUGCGUCGAAUGCAGGCCUCUGCGAACCGCAAGUUAUAG